ACAUAUUCAGCCCGAACAUUAGCUUCAUGAUGAGUCAUUACCUCCCGAAUCCUUGUCUCUUCACCCAGACAAUCAUAUUGGAACCCAAUUUUGUUUAAGCAAGUAACAUUCAGUUUCCAAAAACCAAAGGCGAUUGGCAUGAGUAUUAACAAAGAUGAAGUCGAAACAUUCCUGGAUAACAAUCUGGAUUUUGCCAAGCAAUAUUUUGAGAAGAAACUGGGGGACAAAACCCUGUGUGCCACAGCAAACAGGAUUUGCAAUCAACGCUCAGAAGAUUGUGCGGACUUUGAAGGGCUGGGCCAGAAUGAGACCGAAACCCUAUUUGAGCUGAUCCAAGACAUGCAAGAAAGCAUCAACAUGGAGAAAGUGGUCUUCAAGACCCUAAAAAGGAUCAGUGCUCUCAUACAAGCUGAUUGUUGCAGCCUCUUCAUGUACCGGCAGCGUAACGGCAUCCCUGAGCUGGCAACUCGGCUGUUCAACAUUCGUAAGGACAGCACAAUGGAAGAAUCCCUAGUUGCCCCAGACUGUGAAAUUGUUUUCCCUUUGGAUAUGGGGAUAGUGGGUUAUGUGGCCCAGAAUAAGAAGACUGUAAACAUCCAAAAUGUUGAUGAGUGUGACCAUUUUAGCACUUUUGUUGAUGAACUCACUGGCUACACGACAAGGAAUGUCCUUGCCACCCCAAUCAUGAACGGCAAAGAGGUGGUUGCUGUAAUCAUGGCAGUGAAUAAGACUGGAGCUCAAUUUUUCAGCAGCGCAGAUGAAAAUCUUUUCCUGAAGUAUCUUAAUUUUGCUGCUUUGAAUCUGAAAAUAUAUCAUCUGAGCUACCUUCACAAUUGUGAAACGCGAAGAGGUCAGGUUUUGCUGUGGUCAGCGAAUAAAGUCUUUGAGGAAUUAACUGACAUUGAGAGACAAUUCCACAAAGCCUUUUACACCGUCAGAGCAUAUUUGAACUGUGACAGAUAUUCUGUAGGCCUUCUGGAUAUGAGCAAACAAAAGGAGUUUUUUGACUUGUGGCCAGUACUCAUGGGUGAAGUUCCACCAUAUUCCGGUCCUCGAACUCCAGAUGGAAGAGAGAUUGCAUUUUAUAAAGUCAUUGAUUAUAUCUUACAUGGAAAGGAAGACAUUAAAGUUAUCCCUAAUCCUAAACCAGAACACUGGGCCUUGGUUAGUGGACUACCAACCUAUGUAGCAGAAACUGGUUUUAUUUGCAACAUUAUGAAUGCAGCUUCAGAUGAAAUGUUUGCAUUUCAGGAUGGUCCUGUUGAUGAAUCAGGUUGGGUCGUCAAAAACGUCCUCUCCAUGCCAAUAGUCAACAAAAAAGAAGAAAUUGUUGGUGUUGCUACCUUUUACAACAGGAAAGAUGGGAAACCCUUUGAUGAACAGGAUGAAAUAUUAAUGGAGUCUCUGACGCAGUUUCUUGGGUGGUCUGUGCUCAAUACCGAUACUUACGAUAAGAUGAACAAACUGGAAUAUCGGAAAGACAUCGCACAGGAUAUGGUGCUGUACCAUAUAAAAUGCGACAAGAAUGAAAUUCAAACAAUCCUGCCCACAAAAGAAAAGCUUGGAAAAGAAGUGUCUGAAUGUGAUGAGGAAGAGUUGGGGGCAAUUCUGAAGGCACAGCUCCCAGAUCCUGAAGAAUAUGAAAUCUAUCAUUUCCAUUUUUCUGACUUGGAAUGGACUGAAUUUGACCUUGUGAAAUGUGGCAUCCAAAUGUACUAUGAACUUGGAGUGGUGAAAAAAUUCCAGAUUCCACAGGAAGUGCUGGUGAGAUUCAUUUUUUCAGUCAGCAAGGGGUAUAGAAAAAUCACUUAUCACAACUGGCGCCAUGGCUUCAAUGUUGCACAGACCAUGUUCACACUUCUUAUGACAGGCAAUCUGAAGCAAUACUACACCGAUCUUGAAGCACUGGCUAUGGUUACUGCAGCUCUGUGUCAUGAUAUUGAUCAUCGAGGAACCAACAAUCUUUAUCAGAUGAAAUCUCAACAUCCCUUAGCAAAACUUCACGGUUCAUCAAUUUUAGAGAGACAUCACUUGGAAUUUGGCAAAUUUCUGCUUUCAGAAGAGUCCUUGAACAUUUAUCAGAAUCUCAACAGGAGGCAGUUUGAGCACGUGAAUAACUUGAUGGAUAUUGCCAUUAUAGCUACAGACUUAGCACUGUACUUCAAAAAAAGAACCAUGUUUCAGAAAAUUGUUGAUGAAUCCAAAACCUACGACAACGAGAAAGAGUGGGUUGAAUAUUUGUCUCUGGAAGCAACAAAAAAAGAGAUUAUCAUGGCAAUGAUGAUGACUGCUUGUGACUUAUCAGCUAUUGCAAAACCCUGGGAAGUGCAGAGUAAGGUGGCAUUGCUUGUAGCAGCUGAGUUCUGGGAACAAGGAGACUUGGAGAUAUCUGUACUUCAGCAACAGCCUAUUCCAAUGAUGGACAGAAGGAAAGCUGCCGAACUUCCAAAACUUCAAGUUGGGUUCAUUGACUUUGUGUGCACAUUUGUAUACAAGGAAUUUUCACGCUUCCAUCCACAAAUUCAGCCAAUGUACGACCGACUGCUGAACAACAGAAAAGAGUGGAAAGCCCUUGCUGAUGAGUACGAUGCAAACAUGAAAGCUUUAGAAGAAAAGCAAAAGGAAAAAGAGGGGAAAACAGUUAAUAGUAAAGGAGCCAUGCCAACUUGCAAUGGAGAAAGUGUCCCUCCAUCUACAACAUGUUGCAUAAUUUAAGACCCACCUCGGCUGUUUCAGGCAUGAUGUAUCACAGAACCUAGAUUUCCAUGGAAAGCAUUUUUAGGCUUAGUUGUCAAACAUCAGAAGUAAAUACUGUAACCAGAAGAUAGUUAUUGGAGACUCUAUUGCUCCAAGAGGAAGGAAACCAGUACAGCCUCAAAGUUUUGGAAGCUGCCUGAUAUUCAACAAUAGUUUUGGGGUCCAAA